GUCAGACUCGAGGUCGUUUUGGGCUGCUUGCCGCUGGCAUGCUUCUUUCUUCUAAUCUUCGGCGCGAGUCGCGCAUCGCUGGGACUUCGAGCCAUUUUCCUGGCGAAUGCCAUGGCCGCCGUGCUGUUGAUCAUUGUCGGCUUCUGGCUAUUUCGGGUAAACUCCUUGCUCGCCAUGGCACACUUCUUGGAAGACCCUUCGCGCAGCAAUUCGAUGCUAGUUGCUUUUUCCUGGGUCCCAGUGCUCGCAGUCUCAUCACCCAUCCUGCUUCUCGGCACAUCCCAAGACGUGACCAACACCCUGCUCACACAAGUGCUUGGCUUCUACUCUAUGUAUGUGCCACUGCUGGACGAGCCAGGGGAACUGCUGCAGCUCUGGACGUGCUACUGUGCUCUGGCAGUUGCGAGGCUCUUUCAGCUCAGUAUGCGGGCCGAUGCGGUCGUCCAGAUGGAAGGCCUGGCACUGGCGGGGGCUGCUGCAGCCAUGGCAUGCGCAAGCUAUGUGCGUCUGCGACUCCGCUAUCUGAUGUUGACUCGCAUUGAGCUCAAGCCAUGCCACCUGGAAGCAUAUUCUGGCGCAUCUCCUGAGGAGUCGGGUCAAGACAGGCAGUUUAUCUUGAAUCCGGAUCUGAAGCUGCGACGACGGAAGUCGAGAUUGCAGUUUGAAGACUAUCACUGUAUGGCUGACCCUAUACACGGAGAUGCCCACCGGAGGGCAACGAUGAUCGUUCAGCGGAGGCAGCAGCUAAAGCAGGAGCUGUUAGGGCGCGUGGUUUGGGCGGCCCACUUUAGCGUGCAAAGACGGCUGGACUCGUCAAGCAUUGCACACAUCCUCUCAUUCCUGGAUACAUCUGGGUUAGAGUCUUCCAUGCAUCUUGGGCUUCUAGACGACCGUGCGUCGCAAGUGUCCACCAUUGCGGCAAGCUCUGUGGCGCCUUCUUCGCUGUCGUCUGUAGCAUUUCUCCGAGCAGCUCUUCCGCGCCGACUCCAGCAUCUGCUGGCUCUGACGUCACCUUGCCCUCCAACAUCUGACGGGAGCGCCGAGCCCCACUCGCAACUACAAGAGACAGAGGAGGACCCACCAGCUGCGCAGGUACCCUGGCUGGCCUUCGUCCUUCUUUGGUCAGCCAUUGGAGUGGCAGUGCUGGCUGAACACGUCAGGAAUCGUUGA